GAGCACUGAUAGCCCUCAGCAGCCCCACCUGGGCUCCCUGCCCUAUAUUUUAGGCUCAGGGGCUGUACUAUGGCCUCUUCUCCUGCUGUCCUGUUCUCUGAGCAGCCCUAGCUUUGCUCCACCCCUUGGUCUGGCUGUGAUACACCUGGGGCUGCCUUGACACCUGCCCUGACUGGUAUGGGGAAUGGGAGCAAGGACCUCCCCAUCCUGAGUGUGUGUCUUCAGCUGUGGGGCCUCAUUGGUGCACGAGGAAGCUCCUGAAAUGAGGAGGGUUGCCAAAAGGACAACCAGAAGGGCUGAGCACUCACAGGCAUGUGGGUGGGCAGAGUUAUUUAAAAGACACUGUCCUAGAGUGCUCAAGUAGAUGUGUCACCAGUCUUCAAGCAAGCCUUCAGGAAGACUAAACAGUGGGACUGAAAAGGCAGCGAUAAGCAAACAGGCUUUCUUCACAAGCUCCAGAGUGAGAGGAAUGGAGAGACCAUGAACUGUGGAAUGUUAUGUGUGAAAAUACGUGGGAGCAAGCCAAGAAAAAGUCUGAGGAACAGCUUCCAAAAGGCAUUAAGAGAAAAUAUGGACUCUGUCAAACACAUCAAGAUGCAGGCCAGGAGAGCCUCUAAGUUAGAAAACAAAACAAGAAGCUCAAAGACGUUAAAGCUGAAGCUGAAAGGCUGCAGCUCUUGGUUUGCUUCCAGGCAGUAAAGCUUCUGGGGCCGUUUGUACGGGGAAAGCUUUCUCUGGACAGGAUCUGCUUGAUGUCCUGACAGGUAGGAGAGGCUGAGGAGCGAGCAGCCACCAAGGAGCCUCAGUGGCAUCGCAGUGCAAUAUCCCCACGAUGUCUGGUGUGGGAUGCAACAUCCCUUGUGAGGAGACGGACCCUGGGGAUUGUUGGGGAGCUGUGUGGCUGCACAGCCUGUGCAGCUUGAAAUGUCAGCUGCAGCUGUAGCAGCUGGCUGUGGUGGACACAUGGACAAAUAUGGAGUGUUAGAGAGGAGGCAGUGCAGUGCUGGCUGCAGGAGCAGCCUCCGGACAGGCAUCUCAGCUCCCUGCAUAGGCCAGCAAGCAUGUGCUAGAGGGAGAGGGUGAGGAGGGACCAGUCCAGCAGGCCUCCAGCAAGACCUCCCCAUACACACUGCAGGAGAAAACAUUCCACGGUAGACAGCAUGAGAAAGCACACAGGGCACCACUGUGGGACAGCACUGCGCUCGGAGGAUGUGGGCUGUCGGCUCUUGUGGCGUCUGCUGCCUGGGCAUCACUGUCUUCACAUGUGGCAUGGUGAUGCAGGUGGGGGCCUGGACAUACUAUUACAGUGAGGAGGACUAUGAGUGGGACGAUGCCAGGACAUACUGCCAGACGUUCUUCACCGACCUGGUGGCCAUCCAGAACAAGGAGGAGAUUGAGUACCUCAAUCGCACCCUGCCCUAUCAUGGCAAAUACUACUGGAUUGGCAUCCGCAAGCUGAGAGGUAUCUGGACCUGGGUGGGCACCAAGAAAGCACUGACAAAGGAAGCAGCCAACUGGGCCACUGGGGAGCCCAACAACCGCAAGUUGAACCAGGACUGCGUGGAGAUCUACAUCAAGCGGUCGUCAGAGGCAGGCAAGUGGAACGAUGAGCCUUGUACGAAGAAGAAGAAGAAGGCACUGUGCUACAAGGUCUCCUGCCAGCCCCUGAUCUGUGGCCUGCAUGGUGACUGUGUGGAGGUCAUCCAGAGCUACAAGUGUGAGUGUCACCCCGGCUUUGAAGGGGACAAGUGUGAGAAUGCUGUGCAGUGCCCCAUACUUGAACCCAGAGGAGCAUACAUGAACUGCAGCCAUCCAUUUGGAGACUUCAGAUAUAACUCCACCUGCACCUUCUGGUGCCCAGAAGGGUUUGAACGGCAAGGUGCGGAUGAGCUGCAGUGCCUGGCUGAUCGGCAGUGGUCAGCGGAGACCCCCACAUGCACAGCUAUCACCUGCCCAGAGCUCAGAGCUCCAGAGCAUGCAGAGUUGAACUGCUCCCACCUUCAUGGGAACUUCGCUUUUGGCUCCAUCUGUGACUUCUCCUGCCAGCCAGGGUUUCAGCUCAUGGGGUCACAGAGUCAUGAGUGCAUGGCCACGGGGAACUGGACUGGAGACAUUCCACGUUGCAAAGCUGUCACCUGCCCAGUACUUAGUGCUCCAGAGCAUGGAGAGCUGAACUGCUCCCACAUCCAUGGAAACUUCACCUUUGGCUCCACAUGUGACAUCUCCUGCCUGCCAGGGUUUGAGCUCAUGGGGCCAGUGAGCCAUGAGUGCACAGCUAUGGGGACCUGGACUGGGGACACCCCACAGUGCAAAGCCAUCAGCUGCUCAGUGCUCAGUGCUCCAGAAUACGGAGAGCUAAACUGCUCCCACAUCCAUGGUAACUUCACCUUUGGCUCCACGUGUGCCUUCUCCUGCCAGCCAGGGUUUGUGCUGAUGGGGCCGCAGAGCCGUGAAUGUAUGGCUAAAAGAACCUGGACUGGGGACACCUCACGAUGCAAAGCUGUCACCUGCCCAGUGAUGAGUGCUCCAAAGCAUGGAGAGCUGAACUGCUCACAUUUCCACGGGAACUUCACCUUUGGCUCCAUAUGUGACUUCUCCUGCCAGUCAGGGUUUGAGCUCAUAGGGCCAGAGAGCUGCGAGUGCACAGCUAUGGGGACCUGGAGCAAGAACACUCCACAGUGCAAAGCCAUCACCUGCCCAGUGCUUGGCGCUCCAGAGCAUGGAGAGCUGAACUGCUCCCACAUCCAUGGAAACUUCACCUUUGGCUCCACAUGUGACUUCUCCUGCCUGCCAGGGUUUGAGCUCAUGGGGCCAGUGAGCCAUGAGUGCACAGCCAUGGGGACCUGGACUGGGGACACCCCACAGUGCAAAGCCAUCACCUGCUCAUUGCUUACUGCUCCAGAGCAUGGAGAGCUGAACUGCUCCCAUGUCUAUGAGAACUUCACCUUUGGCUCCAUCUGUGACUUCUCCUGCCAGACAGGAUUUGAGCUGAUUGGGCCACAGAGCCGUGAGUGCAUGGCCACUGGAACCUGGACUGGGGACACCUCGCAAUGCCAAGCCAUCAGCUGUCCAGUGCUGGAUGCCCCCAGCCAUGGCCACCUCAACUGCUCUCAUCCACAUGGGAACUUCACAUUCAACUCCACUUGCAGCUUUUCCUGCAAAGAAGGAUUUAUCCAGAUGGGAGCAGAGAUGCUCAGGUGUUCAGCCACAGGGAACUGGACCAGGCAUCCCCCAGUCUGUGAAGAGGAUUCUGCUGCUUUUUUGAAACAAGUUCUGGUUUACACCAGCACCAGUGCCCUGGCAGCAAUUGGCCUUGUGCUUUCCGGAACGCUCAUCGCCUUGCUUGCCAAGCAGCUCAGCGACAGAGAGGAGAAGAAGAAGCUCCUGAACCCCACCAGUGACCUGGGGGCACCAGGCAUCUUCACCAAUGCAGCCUAUGACUCCACCUUGUAAGGUGAAUGCCAGCGCAGUGCUUGCUGCACAUUGGAAGGCGAAGUGGAGCCAGAAGAACUGCCCCCACCAGCACCGAGCCCUGACUGUACUUCGCUUUGCCCUGCAGACCCUUGCUGUCUGCUGGCCUGAAGCUGCACUCAGGGGCUGGGAGGGCAGAGCUGUGUACCUGCCCUAGUCUACACCCACGCGUGGGCAAGGCCGCUAAAGAGCAGCAGGGACGUGGAAAAGCGGACUGUAGCCACCCUCCCGUCCCCGGCCUGCUGCUGGGGCCGGGUCCGUGCCAACGGGCUCUCAAUAAACGCCUUUGCCCUCGA